CCUGGGUCAGACGCUGCAGCUGCUGCAGCCUCCCUCACCUCCUCCAUUGUGAGCCGGGACCCGGGGCGGAGCCGCUGCUGCCGCUGCCCAGCGGGGUCUGUGCGGGGAGAGCCCUUCCCCAACGCCCCUCGGGGCCCAGCCGGGGGGACUUUCUCCGGGGGCUGGAACCAGCCCCUGGGGCAGCCCUGGGCUCUGCCGACACCAGCCCCUGAGCCGGAGCCUGCAGGUCAUCCAGUCCAUGGAGAGACAGGGAAGGGAAAUGGCUGCAGUGGAGCUGGUGACCUUCGAGGAGGUGGCUGUGUAUUUCUCCGAGGAGGAAUGGGCUCUACUGGACCCAGGUCAGAGAGCCCUCUACAGGGAUGUGAUGCAGGAGAAUUAUGAGACUGUGACCUCACUAGGAUUUCCAGUUUCCAAAUUCAGUGUGACCUCCUGGCUGGAACGAGAGGAGAAACUGUGGGUCCCCAGUCUCCAGGCAUGGGGGAUUCUGAGAGAUGCCUACACAGCAGGUGAUAGGAUGGUGAAUGAGAACAAGGAGGAGAAUCAGGAACAUCCUGAGCAAUUGGAACCGCACAGGACAUCAGGAAGAUCUGAAAGGGAGGCUUCCCAGAUUCCUGAGCAUGGAGAUGCUGCCCCUCUGGCCUGCACUGACUUUUGCAUGCAAGAAAACCAGCCGGGGCAGAGACAGUGUAAAUCCUCUGACCAGAAAAUAUGGGUCAAGAAAAACAAAGACACUGUUCAACAGAGAAUCCCCAUUGGUAAAACACCCUACACAUGCGGUGACUGUAGGAAAAGUUUCCGGUGCAGAUCACAACUUACUAGACACCAGAGAACCCAUACAGGAGAGAGACCCUACACAUGCCUGGACUGUGGGAAAAGAUUCAAACAGAGCUCAGCCCUAAUUACACAUCGUACAGUCCACGAACGAAAGAAGACCUAUAACUGCCCUGACUGUGGGAAAGGCUUCAGUCGGAGCUCAACCCUUAUUCAGCAUCAGAGAAUCCACACAGGAGAGAAACCUUAUGAAUGCAGUGAGUGUGGGAAAAGCUUUCGUGUGAGCUCAAAUCUUCUAUCACAUCAGAGAACCCACACAGGGGAGAAACCCUAUGAAUGCCCUACUUGCGGGAAAAGCUUCAUUCAGAGCUCAAACCUUCUAUCACAUCAGAGAACCCAUACAGGAGAGAGACCCUACCAAUGCAAUGAGUGUGGGAAAAGCUUCAGUCAAAGUUCAUCCCUUAUUAAGCAUCAGAGAAUUCACACAGGAGAGAAACCCUAUAGCUGCCCCGACUGUGGGAAAAGCUUCAGUUACAGUGUAGAACUCAAUGAUCAUCAGAGAACCCACACAGGGGAGAGACCCUACAAAUGCAAUGAGUGUGGGAAAACCUUUAGUUGCCUCUCACACCUUCGAUCACAUCAUACAACCCACACAGGAGAGAAACCAUAUAACUGCCCUGAAUGUGGGAAAAGCUUCACUCGCAGGUCAACCCUUACUACUCACCAGAGGAUCCACACAGGGGAGAAACCCUUUAAGUGCUCCGAAUGUGGGAAAAGCUUCCGUGCAAGCUCAGCCCUUUCUGAACAUCAAAGAAUCCACAGUGGAGAGAGACCCUACAAGUGUCUUCACUGUGGGAAAAGUUUCUAUAACAACUCAGCCCUUUCUAAUCACCAGAGAUCUCACACAGGUGAGAGACCUUACACAUGCAAUGAGUGUGGGAAAAGCUUUAGAAGCAGCUCACACCUUCUGUCACAUAAGAGACUCCACAGUGGUGAGAAACCCUAUAAGUGCACUAACUGUGGGAAAGACUUCCGGCACAGCUCAAACCUCAGUACACAUAAGAGAAUCCACAUAGGACACACACCCUAGAAAUGUCCUGGCUAGGAUUGGGCCAAGUGAAGGACCUUUUCUGAUUCCCAUGAAUCUUAAAGAGUCAGGCCAGGCUGGAGUGGCUAUGUAACUAGGACAUGAAAUGUUUAUUAAAGCAGAAAAUGGAAUCAUCUUCCUGGGACAGAGCCAUGCAGAGCAAGAGGCUGAGAUAAGAUUUGCACAUUGUAACUGCAUUUGAUUAUGACUUCUCAAGAAACUGUGAACAUCCUCCUUCAUCUCCCAGUUUUACUUUUGAUGUUCUCACAGGGGUAGUCAAUUAUUUUUAUCAAGGUCCAAAUUUCUUGGUCAAAGUAUAGUCAAGGUUCAGGCUUCAGAGCAAAUAAUAAUAAAAAACAACAAUAACAAAAAGAUUUUUGGGGCCCAUUCAAAAGUGUCUGGCGGCCCGGAUUUGGCCUAUGGUUGACCUAUUGACUCCCCCUGACCUAGAACCAGCUUCAUUUUAUAGAAUGUGACUUCUAAUUUAUACUUGAUAGUGUUUUAGACCUCGAUGCUCCAAGGGACUGAGGUACUGUGACACUUGAGGAUUGCAAUACCUAACUUUUAGGUACCUGGAAAAUCACAGAUACCACACUGGGAUCCACAAAGCCUGAGUUAGCAGGCUAGGCUCCAUAGAAAAUGAAUGGGGUGAGAUAGGCAUUUUAGAUUGUGAUUCACAAAGGCCAGCAGGUGGGGAGCCACCAAAGCUAGCCAAUGGGACAUGCCAAUGAAAGUGCUGUGGUCUAAGCCCCAUCCCUCUCACAGAGAUAGGCGCCUCUCUGGUCUUGCAAUUCAUGAUGGGGCAUGUUCUGUUAGGCAUGUUCAGAGGCCAUGUAACUCAGCACAAAACAACGGGGGAUUGAGGAGGAGAAAGACAACCUUCUUUGUAACCUUUAGCACAGAUGUGGAAGACCCUUAGUUCAAGUCCCCCCUCCACCUGAUGAGGUAAAAGAAUUUGAACAUGGAUCUGCCAACUCUCAGAGUAGUACCCUAGCCACAGAGCAAGUCUGGCUGUGGGACUCACUCAGUCUAUCCCAGUAAAACAGUUCCACUGUAUAUAAAUACUUAGUCAUUGGGCCAGAGAGAGAAAGUGAGAUUAACUCAAUAGUCUUGUGGUGAGAUCACCUACCUGUCAGGUGGUAACCUUGUCUCCAGGUCCUUUGCUCUAAUGACUCCUUACAUUGACGUUAUCCUAACUUCCACCAUGAAGAAGACUGCACACUGAACAAUGGAACGAAGGGUGAGAAAUUCCACCUACUUAAAAGUGCAGAAAGAUUUCAAUUCUUAUUGCUAAAAUUCUAUAGGGAAUUUCUAUGCUUCAAAGGAAGUCAGAAUUUGGCCUUGGAGAGAAUAAUUAUUGUUUUCCUAGAACACUGAACCCAUUGGAGUUGAGUUCUAUUCCAUAAAACCAGACUCUUAGGCGCUCUUAAUUGGAAAAUACCAAACUCAUAUAAACCUAACAACUUACUUCCAACUAUAAAAUAUUUCCUAACUUCAAAUGGUGCAAAAGAAAAAAGAAUUUCACUAGCAAUAGUGAUUUAAAAAAUCGAGCCUUAAAGCAGUUUAAGAUUGGGGGAAAUACUCUGAAGAGCAUAACUGGGCUAAUAGAAUUUGAAAAUGACAACAUUGUAACAGGCUUUGUCUACACUAGCACUUUUGUCAGCAAAAAUUGUGUGGGUCAGGGGUGUGGGAAAAAAAUACACCCCUGACCAACAUAAGUCUCACUGACAGAAGCACCAGUGUGGACAGCACUAUGUCGGUGGAGACGGUCUCCCGCCGAUGUAGCUACCGCCGCUCAUUGGGGGUGGUUUAAUUAUGCUGGUGGGAAAGCUCUCUCCCGCCGGCAUUGACUGUCUAUACAGGAGACAUUACAGCGGCGCAGCUGCUGUGGUACAGCUGUGCUGCUGUAAGGUCCAUAGUGUAGGCAUAGACUAAAACUGAGCUGGUGCUGAUUAAACCGCAUGCAUUCCACUGUAGCUGCCAGAGUUAUUCUUCACACCUUGCGUCUGUGAUGGUGAUGUCACUUCACUUAGUUUACUGCUUAAUAGAGCUACCCUUCAAAUCUUUUUGGUUUGAUGAGAACAUAACUAAAGUUCAGCUGUUCUUAUUGUGGUGUUAUAUUUUUAUGACAGGUUUCAGAGUAACAGCCGUGUUAGUCUAUAUUCGCAAAAAGAAAAGGAGUACUUGUGGCACCUUAGAGACUAACCAAUUUAUUUGAGCAUAAGCUUUCGUGAGCUACAGCUCACUUCAUCGGAUGCAGUGAGCUGUAGCUCACGAAAGCUUAUGCUCAAAUAAAUUGGUUAGUCUCUAAGGUGCCACAAGUCCUCCUUUUCAUAUUUUUAUGGAAAUUCAUUGUUUGAUUACUUUUUGUUCUCUUUCAGCUCAGUUCCUAACUGUAACUGCUACUGAGAACUUGUAACUUUGUUGUUCGCUGUUCUACUCUGUCCUGUAUUUUACACUUAACUCCUGUGACUGUUCUGUUUUUUACAAGUGUGAGUGACAAUUACUUGCAAGUCCUUUGAUCUCUCACCCUUGUAUGUGUAUGUAUCUCACUCUGUAUGUGUGAGUGAGGAAAGCUGUCUUCUAACUUCAAAAUCUCACUACAAUCUUUAUUUGUGUGUGUUCUAAACUUCAGAAUACUUUUAUGCUAAUUUCAGUUGUGCUGUGUAUUUUUAACUACAGAAUAAUAUAAUGUGUUAAUACCUCACACUACACAGUAGUCUCAUUCCAAUCUUGGUUUAUGAAUUUAACUAAUUCCUAUUUUCUUUGUCUACUUUAAAUACCAAAAGCAAGGUACUUUAUGAUAGUUCUCUUUCUAUAUAUGAAUGUUAGUGUUUUUCUCUGGAAUUAUCUUGAACAAUCUCUCUCUCUUCUACCUAUUAACUCAAACACCAAAAUCUCCCCCUGCAGUACACUAUCUGCCUAUCAGCUUUCUAAGAACACUCCCUAAACCUGCUUGAUUAACUUUAAUUUGAAAACUUUGGUUACUCAAAUUGCUUUCUGAUCUUUCAUACUUAUAAAAUUGCCUACUAAUUCCAUAAAAUCUGAGUUAAUCCCCUCUGUUUUACACUGUUGCAAGGGACUGGACUAGAUCCUGUGAUUCUUGUACCCCCAGCUUUUGUAUGUUUCAUUGCAGCCAUUUCUAGCUAGAAACAUAUCUAAACAAUGCUGAAUUUUGAGCUAUAAUAAUUAUAUACAUUUGAAUUUGCCUUCAGAAUGAUCCUUAGCUUCACAAAGUUACUUUCUUAAUACAGAAGUAAAAAGUCAUUGUUUUGCUAGCUUUUGUUAAAUUUACACUAUAUUCAAUUUGAUGUCCUAUCCAAUUUAUCUAGUUUUGUCCAAAUAUGUUUUUAGUUUAAAAGAUUUAAUAUCAAAUUAAUUAGUUUUAAUCUAGUUAUGUCAUUGAGUUAAUAUUUGGUUUUCUGAUAUUUCUGUCUACUUGUUGAAUUCUGUUGUUAAUGCUUAGCUACUAGUGAAUUUUAAUUAAGUGAAUAUCAUUGAGUUAAAUGCCCAUAGAUGUUUCAGUUUUAUACUCAGUUUUGUAACACUAGUCCAUUCUAUAUAAUUAACCGAAUUUCUUUUAAUUUCCUUUCUGUUUUAGAAUUUCAAGUUUAGUUAAGAGAUUGUUUUAACAGUUACUACAUUUUAUCAGACAAUUUAUUUACUUUUUUUUUAAUCUGGUGAAUCUCAUUCACAUAAUCUUUGUUCAUUCAAUUGCUUGUUGGUUCCUUCUCUUAUUUUUGCUUACUUAAAUAAGUGUUUCUUUAUUUAAAGUCAUUUCAGUUGUUUAUUUUGGGACAUCCCUUAGUGUAUAGAAAAAAGAAUCCUUGGAAAAUUUUUAUGUGGUUACUUUCUGAGCGCAGUCAGAUUAAUAAUCAUAAUAAAUAAUUCCAUUUGUUGGUCUGAUUUUCCUGAACUCAACAUAUGAGAAGCAAGUAAUUUAUGAUUACAUUAAUUUUCUCCCAAUUAUGAAUUUUGAUAAUUAUUUAGUAAUUUUACUUUGAAAAUUACCUGUCAUCCAAUAUAUUUAGCUUACCCUCUGCAUCCCUGUUAAUAAACCAUUUUUCUGUA